AUGUCUGAAGUACAGGGAACAUUGGAGUUUUCUGUAGAGUUGCACAAGUUUCACAAUGUGGAUCUCUUCCAGAGAGGAUUCUACCAGGUCCGAGCUGGAUUGAAGGUAUCACCUCGUGUGCCACACAGGUUGAUAGCAACAACAAAGGGGAAUACAGGUGAAUGCAGCCUCAGUUCCUCGGGCGUCUACGAUGGCGCCGUGUUCAGCAGGAUCUUUCAGAUCCUCUACAGGAACGAGGAAAUCGCAGUAAAUGACAGCAUGACCUUCAAGGUCCACCUGCUGCUGGAUGGAGAGAGGUUAGAGGAGGCUUUGAGCGAAGUCGAUUUCCAGCUGAAGUUGGACCUGCAUUUCACUGACAAUGAGCAACAGCUGGAAGAGAUAGCGACGGUGCCUGUGAUAAGCAGUCGUACCUUGGGCCUACACUUCCACCCCAGGAAGGGGCUCCACCACCAUGUUCCUGUCAUGUUCGACUACUUCCACCUGUCCGUCAUCUCUGUGUCCAUACAUGCCUCCCUGGUGGCCUUACAUCAACCACUCAUCAGUUUUGCACGGACAGGCAAGGGCGCCUGGCUUGGCAAGGGCUCUCCAGAAAGCGGAAGCGACCAAUCCGCCAUGUCCAUAGAAAACCUCAUGUUCGGGGCUGGAUACUGCAAACCUGUCAUCACAGAGGGGAGUUUUUACGUACCCAGCGAGGACUGCCUGCAGAGAGCUCACACGUGGCACCGGAGACUCUGUCGCCUCCUGCUGGUGGCUCUCCGAGGCCUGCGCUCCUACUUCACCACUCUGAUGAAGGAGAUCCCCCAGCUGCCUCAACUGGAGAUAGAGGAGCUACCUGUGGAAGAGACCCUAAAUCAGAUGACAAUAGAAUUACAGCUGCAGGGCUGCCACGAGAAGGUGGCUGAGCAGGUCAGCAGAGACGUGAGCCAGCUCUGCUCCCAGCUGACUGCUCUGUGGAGCCAGUUCCUGGAGGCGGCCGUACCCAACCCCCACAUCCUGUCCUACCUAGCCCAGGAGCAUCACACACUCAGGGUAAGGAGGUUUUCAGAAGCAUACUUCUUCACUGAGCACUCCAAACAGACGUCCCUCACCUUCCAAGAAGAGCUGAUCAACAAACAUGGGCAGAUGGCUUCAGAGGUACGUAGCUCUGACUAUCUUAUUCGAAUGCCGCCUUUACCUGUGGAAUGCCUGGACAUAGACGGAGACUGGAACAGCCUCCCCAUCAUCUUUGAAGACAGAUACGUAGAGUCUCCUUGCACAGAGUGGGGAGCACAUGUGCCAACCCUUGCUGGGAGUGAUAACCAGGCCACCUCGGACCCUUCUACCAUCACUACCAAUGGGAUUCAUGAGCUUGGCCAGGGAGCCAGUUCACCAGCAAUACCCCACAAGGCCUCCGACACCGAGGACUGCAUGGACCUGCCCGCCUACGUCUCUCUGAUCGGUGGGCAGAGCAGGAGCACCAGCAGCAUUAGCAGUCUCCAGGACCUCGACCCUGGAGAACAGGCCCUGUCAGAACAGGACCCUGAAGUACAGGCCCUGUCAGAACAGGACCCAGACCCAGACGGGAGCCUUGGUUCAGGGCUGAGGUACAUCACAGACAGGCCCACUGAUGAAGACCCCCACCGGGGAGAUGCGGUCUCUGUCCUCUCCUCUGAACACAACCCCUCCACUGACUCACACCCUAGUGGUGAAGAUCGAGCUUUUAGUCAUCUCACAGGGGAGGAUGACUCUGUCAGUCAAGAUGUCCUCGAAAACAGGAGUGCAGGAAAGAGCGAGUUGGAUGGGGAAGAGUCAGAUGUUGCCAUGCCACUGACUCAGUCGAUAGAUGACGAGAGCGAAGACGCCCCCCUGAGUAGUGUCUCCACCCACCCGGCUCCUCUCAGAGACCAGCCAGUCACGCCUCCUUUCACUGGGAACCUCAGGAGGGAGAUGAACUAUCGGGGAGGAACGGCCGGCUUCAAGAUCAUGAAGCGCUCAUCCUCCGUCAUCUCUGACUCGGGCAUCGAGAGCGAGCCCAGUUCGGUGGCCUGGCCCCUUGAGGUGCUGAGGGGGCGCCCUCCGCUGGACUUCUCCAGCGAGCGCGAGAUCCUCCAGCCGCUGGUGAGGCGGCGCGGCGCGGCCCACCGGAGCUCCCUGGAGGGGGGUCUGCAGACGGAGAGCAACGGCAGCCUCGGGGGUAUCCAGGCCUCGCUCACCUCCAUCAGCUCGCUGCCUUACGAGGAGGAGGAGCUCCAGAGGCAGCAGCUCAGCAAGCUCACCAAGUCCGUCUCCGCCCCACAGAUCAGCAGCCCAGAAGACACCGAGGAGGACCAGGGCCCGGCCAAUCAGGAGCCGGACACGGACAGCGAGGGGACCAACGGAUACGGGUGGGAGGAGUGCUCCUCCACGUUUGCUGCCGGUGGCGGGGGUCCCCUUGAGAGAAGCCAAGAGCCUCCACCCUCACUGGAGGACAUCCUGGAGGGAGAUCUUCUUGAAGCUGGCCUGCCUGGUGCAUCCCUGGAGGAGCCACGGGACAUAAUGGCAGCGUUAAGCGACUCCCCCAAAGCGUUUCGGCUCCAGACGUCUAUGGAGGGUCCCGAUGUGAAAAGCACAGCUCUAGUCAGUCUGACGGAGAAGGCGAGCUGUCUUGGAGACCAUGCGAUGUUAGGGUCAGAGGUUUUGGCAGCCUGCAGCUGUGGAACCAAGACAUGUGCUCAUGAAAACAUGGUGGAAGCGAAGACCUAUCCGAUCGGGAACAGGUGCCAAAGUUUAAACCAGAUUAAGCUGCUUGAUCUUGAGGUCAAAAACCUUCUGGAUGACCCUCAGGUGUCCCCACUGCCCCAGCAGGACGCCGACAACACACACAGACCCAUUGACCUCGUCAAUCCCCAAACCAAUGGCGCGGCGCGGUUGGACGACCUUAUCGGGUUCGCAGCCAAUGAGAGAGAGCCUCGGCCGCUGGAGUGUCAUAGCAAGCCCACUGCGAAGAUCCCAAGCUCUGGCCUGGCCUUCAUGAAUAGGAAGGUGGUGGAAGUGGUCAACAUGUCUGUGUCCUGUGCCCCCACUUGUCUCCCCUUCUCCUCCGUCCUCCGAGACUCUCCCUCCAUCAGUGGCCUUUCCACCCGCCAGGCUACCUCCCCCAUUACCCAUCAGCCCCUGGGCUCUUUUGGCAUCAUCUCCUCGUCGUCCAACACCCUGGGUUUAGAGGACGAGACCAAUGAGAGGAUGCUGCAUUUCUACAAAGCCAAAGAGGAUCUUCUGAGAGAGAUGAGUCUGCAGGCCAGCCUGUACAGCGACCUGCCCCUGCUGGCGUCCGACCUGCCCUACUUCCCCCCCGAAGAGGAGGACGAGGAGUUUGAGGACGGGAUCCACCUGGUGGUGUGUGUCCACGGCCUGGAUGGAAACAGUGCUGACCUACGGCUGGUCAAGACCUUCAUUGAGUUGGGCCUACCAGGGUCGAGAUUAGACUUCCUCAUGUCUGAGAGGAACCAGACCGACACGUUUGCAGAUUUCGACACCAUGACGGACAGACUGCUAGAUGAGAUCAUUCAGCACAUUCAGCUGUACAAUCUGACGAUCGGCAGAAUAAGCUUUAUUGGCCACUCUCUGGGGAACGUCAUCAUCCGCUCGGUGCUGACGAGGCCACGCUUCCGCUGCUACCUGUGUAAACUGCACACAUUCCUGUCUCUGUCUGGCCCCCACCUGGGAACCCUGUACAACAGCAGCACUCUGGUUAGCACAGGUCUGUGGCUCAUGCAGAAGCUGAAGAAGUCGGGAUCGUUGCUGCAGCUCACCUUCAGAGAUCACACCGACCCGCGAAAGACAUUCCUCUACCUUCUAAGCCAGAAGCCAGGUCUCCAAUUCUUCAAGAACGUUGUGUUAGUUGCAUCGCCGCAGGACCGCUAUGUUCCCUUCCACUCAGCCAGAAUAGAGAUGUGUAGGACUGCACUCAAAGACAGGACCACAGGCCCGGUGUAUACAGAAAUGAUCAACAACCUGCUCCAGCCUCUGGUGGGAGCCCCAGACUGCAGGUUAAUCAGACAGAACGUGUUCCACGCCCUGCCCAACACAGCCAACACUCUGAUUGGCCGAGCUGCCCACAUCGCCGUGCUCGACUCGGAGCUCUUCCUCGAGAAGUUCUUCCUCGUGGCAGGGCUCAACUACUUCAAAUAGAGACAGACUUCCCACAGUGUAGGCUGGGGUCUAAGGCUAAAGAGGUGAGAGAAGAACGUUUCGUUUGGUUCCGUUUUUUUACCCUGAGCGUGUACAGUGUAAAUAAGUACCAUAUGUAUACCUUGUGUUGUCUAACAGAUAGACAUAAAUAAUUCAUUACUGCAUUAGCGCUACUGUAUAAACCUACAUCAUAAGUUAAGUUCAAGUCAUGUGACAGCAGCUAGGUUCUGAGUCUUGUUUGAAGUCUACCUUUGUUAACUGAAAUAAGGUAUAUUUCAUACUUCAUUACUGGUGUUGAGUAGUCCUUAUGGAUACAAUUUUAUCCAAAGCACUACCAAAAGGAUAGUUAUGGUCUAGAGCAUUUAGUUCAGUAUUUGCCAUUUAGAUGAUUUGAUGAAGAGGUUCGUCUGGAUAAUUGGUGUGAACUUUACUUGAAGGACAACAUUGAAUACAGUCUGACCUUGAUGAGAGAUGGCUGCUUCGCCUCGAUCUCCUCGACUGUAUAUUGUUCGAUAUUUAUGACAAGUUGAACUUCCACAGAGUAUGUGGUGGUAUUUUAUUGUACAAAAUCUUUCUUUUUACAGAACCAAUCUAGAUAUUGUUUCAAAUUAUUGAUUGUGUAUUGAUUGAAGUUCACCCCCCCCAUAAAAUGUGACCUUUACAGUGUUUUCUAUUGACAUCCGUUGGCAGCAUUGCAAACAGGCCAAAAUAGAGGACAAACAUUCACUAUAAUACAGUGUAAGUCCUAUAUACUCCUCGUAUUAGUUGAUAUAUUACAUAUCCUUAAUGUGUUCACUCAUCCAAAAGCGGUUGCAGCGUGUCUCGGGUGACUUCUGUUGUCAUUAACCUUUCAAUGCCUUCGUGUUUCGUGAAGAAGCUCCCGUGUUGACGUCCCCCAACCUUUUCUGUCAAGAUAUUGUGUUUUAUUUUAGCUACUGUACCGAUUCUCUGGAGGCAGAAACAUUAGUUGAAUGCAGGGUCACAGUGUCCCUCAGCUAUCUCUGAGCUGAUUACCAUGUUGAAGGUUUAUAAUAUCUUGAAAGUGAAAAGUUACAUCUACAGAAUCUUGUAUCUCAUGAACUUG